AUGGGCAAAGGUAUUCAUCAAGUCCAAACCUCAGCGUUACGGCAUCAAAUGUGCCGUGUUUGUGAAAGUGGUAUGGUUAUAAACCUACAGAUGUACUGUGGAAAGUGCGACAAGAAAAAAGAAAAUCAAGGAUUUCGGGUGACGAUAGAUAUGGUGGCUCCACAAUUGUGUAUGGGAAAGUUUGUGACAGUUGUAUGUGACAACUUUUUCUGCAGCUUAAGAUUGGCACAUUAUUUGGCUCAAUGUGGUUCAACAUUGCUUGGAACUGUGCGAAAAAAUAGAGUUGAGGUACCAGAAGAAGCCAAGCAAAUCAAACGUUAUGACCCCAAUGAUGAUAAGAAGGCUACUACAAGAGAGGCAGAUUCAAAGGAAGUGUACACAAAAGGUUUGUACACCGUUCAGGAGCAAGUGAGGGGAAAGGAUGGCAAACUUGUGAGUGUACACAAACCAAAUGUGAUAAAACAAUACAAUGCGACAAUGGGAGGUGUUGAUAGCGCAGAUCAGAUGAUACAUACUUACACUUGUAGAAGGCGCACUUCAAGAUGGAAUGUGAGAAUACUUUAUGAUUUACUUGACAUCGCUGCCCUCAAUGCCUACAAGGUAUAUCAUUAUCAUCACGAUAAGGUGGACAGGUUGAAUUUCCUCAAUGAAUUGACAGAGUUAUUGAUGGAAAUGGAGUAA